CCGGCAGCCCCGCGGCGCUUUGCGAGGGCUCAGGGCACCCCCGGGCACCCAUCGCAGCCCCCCAGGUGCCCACCCCGAAGUUUGAAGUUCGCCGGCAUGGCCAAAACCACCCCGCUGCGCUGCCGGGUGCAGGAGGGGAAGGACUUGCCCGCCAAGGACCUGUCUGGCUCCAGCCAUCCCUACUGCGUGGUCAAGGUGGACAACGAGGUGGUGGCCAGGACAGCCACCAUGUGGAAGAGCCUGAACGCUGGUGAGGAAAUCACGCUGCUUCUGCCCCCUGGAUUCCACAGCCUCGCCAUCUACGUGCUGGAUGAAGACACCAUUGGGAAGGGGGACAGCAGGGGCAGAGACAAUGUCAUGGGCAAGGUGUCACUCAGCCACCAGCAGAUCUCCGCCGAGCCGCGGGGCAUUGACAGCUGGCUCAGCCUGGCACCUGUGAGCUCCGACCAGGAGGUGCAGGGUGAGACCCACCUGGAGCUGUGGGUCCCUGAACAGGGCCACCCACGGGUGCUGUGCUGCCACCUCAUCGAGGCCAGGGACCUGGCCCCCCGGGACGCCUCGGGCACCUCGGACCCCUUUGGCCGGGUGUCGUGCUGCGAGCACACGCUGGAGACAGCCGUGGUGAAGAAAACGCGGUUCCCUCGCUGGGAUGAGGCUGAGUUCGAGCUGCCAGAGGGGGAGCUGGGAGAGGCUGUGCUGAGCGUGGAGCUUUGGGACUGGGACAUGGUGGGCAAGAACGACUUCGUGGGGCGGGUCGAGUUCUUCUUGGACACCCUCUGCCCGGGCCCCACCAAGGGCUGGUUCCAUCUCCUGCCCUUCCCCAGCACCACCGAGGAGCACGGGGGACAGCUGGGUGCCCUGAGGCUGGCAGUGAGGCUGCUGGAGGACACGGUCCUGCCCUCCCACCACUACCAGCCCCUCAUCCAGCUCCUCACCAAGCCUGUCCUCUGCCCAGCCCAGGGCACAGCCCUGGCUGUCCUGGAGGAGGUGACCUCAGGGGAGAGCCGGCAGGAUGUGGCCACCAAGCUGGUGAAGCUCUUCUUGAGCCAAGGGCUGGCUGUGCCCCUCCUGGACUACCUCACCACUGCUGAUCCCAACACCCUCUUCCACUCCACCUCGCUGGCCUCCAAAUCCAUGGAGCAGUUCAUGAAGGUGGUGGGGCUGCUCUACCUGCACGAGGUCCCGAAGCCGGUCCUGAACUGCAUCUUUGAGGAGAAGAAAUAUGUGGAGCUGGACCCCGGCAAGAUGGAGCUGAGCUGGGGCAGGAGGAUCUCCUUCAAGGGGACCCUGUUGGAGGCACAGGUGCGGGAGAGCAGCCUGGAGCUGCUGAAGGGCUACCUGGGGGACAUCCUAGAUGCCACCGUGGGCUCAGUGGACAAGUGUCCCCUCGCCAUGAGGGUGGCCUUCCAGCAGCUCGGCAGGCGGGGGGAGCAACGAUUCCCCUCAGCACAGCACGAGGAGGCGAGGUACUUCUCCAUCAGUGGGUUCCUCUUCCUUCGCUUCUUCGCUGUUCACGCAGAGCCCGGCACCGGCCGCACGCUCCUGCUGCUCGCCAAGGCUCUGCAGAGCAUCAGGAACUUGGGGCUGCAGCUGGGGCAGGGCAAGGAGCCGUGGAUGGCCCCGCUGAACGCCGUCCUCCUGCCCAGUGCCACCCGUGUCCGGGCCUUCCUGGAUGCCCUGGUCACCGAGCAGGGACACAGGGCAGGGAGGGGACAUGGCUGGUGCCGGGUCAGUGCCACCACCCUGGUGCUGCCAGGAGCACCCUCGGGCCCGGGACUCGCUGGGGACAGGCUGCAGGAGGUGCUGCGAGACCUGGACAUGGCCCACGACGCCUUCGCCCGCCGCGACGAGACCCCGGAGCCACCCCCAAGUGCCCUCCCUGUCCCUGGAGCCACCCCCAAGUGCCCUCCCUGUCCCCGGAGCCACCCCCAAGUGCCCUCUCUGUCCCCGGAGCCCCGGCACCCCCGGUGUCCCCUCGCAGCCCAGCCCGGGAGGGCACAGAGGGGACGCGGGGCCGGCAGCCCGGCACGGGGUGUAUUCUGUAACACAGAGAUGUACAUGGCACCGGCUGUGCGCGGCUCCUGGGGCAGCGGCGGGCGACACGGGUGA